GCCGCCGUUCGCCGCCGCUCGCCGGGCGCGCGCGCGAGCUGGGCGCGCCGCUCGGGGGCCAGCCGCGCGCGCCGCCGACGGCGCGCAAAGGGCGCGCCUGCACGCCCACCAGCGGCCUCUCGGGGGAUCGCCGCCCGCGCGGCGAUGCGCCGCCGCGUGGCCGUGGCGGCGCUCGCGGCGGCGCGGCUGAUCGGCGGCGGCCGCGCCAGCGAGGACCUGAGGUACGAGUGCGCCACGGCCACCUGCGAGCGGUAUGCCGUCUGGGACUACAACCACACCGACGCGACCUCAUCGGAGAGGUGCGUCGCGGCCCAGGGCGUGGCCAUGGCCGGCUUCGGCGCCACGGGCCUGCAGACGUGCCGCGAUAGCAUGUCGCAGCUGUACCCCGAGCCUUGGGCCGACUGCCGGCAGCAGUACUGCCAGAUGUUCGACGAUCUGGUCAACUCUGUCACGUCAGAGUACGAGGCCGAGUAUAGGGACAUGAUCGGCCAGUACGAGGUUCAGCAGGACGGGGAGGUCAUCGGCCGCUGGCUGGGAGGAGACGAGUGCCAGCCCCUGAGGUCCUUCAAUAGGAGCCUGUGCGAGACGAAGUACCGCGAUGCGGAGGCCUUCUGCGGCUGCUUCUGCCCCGUCGCCAACGAGCUUGAGGAGGCCGAGAUCUGCGACGCGCAGAUCAUGGCCUGGCUGCUAUUCGGACGCCGCGGAGGGCAGCUGGGGGAGCGGUACAAGCUGACCCAGUAUUGUGCGGCUGCCAUGUGCAGCUUCUUCGAGAAGAUAGCGGACCCCGACCCCGUAGAUCCGAUCCCUGGGGUGCCUGGCAUGUGCAAGAAGCUGGACCUCCCGUACCGGCCAGGGCACUGCGCAGCUCUGGUCACUACGUUCCCCUAUGUGCCCGAGCCUUGGAAGGAGCCCUUGGCGAAGAACGACACCAUCGCAUGCUCAGAUGGCUCCGAGCAUGUCGUCUACACUAGCAACAUCGACACGCUCGACGUGUGCCUCCUGCGCGACGACAGGAUGCAGUGCGCGGCGAAUUUCCCAGUCAUGUGCUCCACGCGGAAGUGCGUCACCAGCACGGACUACUGCUGCGUGCCCGACGCCUCGGACUGUUCGAGCGGAGAGGACCGGCAGUGCACCCCGAUCCUCUGCUCGUCGUUGCCGGAGUGGUCCGGCUUCAUGACGCCGGCCGACUACGCGGUGGCCAUGAGUCCGUCCACGACCACGACCGUGCUGCCGGCGCCGACCGCCGGCGACAGCAUGACGGAGAAGUGGGCCUUCACCAUAGUCCUCCUCGUCGUGAUCGGGGGCGCGCCCGGCCCCGCUCGAAGGCGUGGACACGGACGCGUUUGGCCGCUCGCGGCGGCCCGCGCC